AGUCGCCGGCCUUGUUGUCUUCUUGCACGCAAAUCCCGGAACGACCGGAACCGCCAUCCUUGCCUGCGUCCCAGGGGUGCCCCAUUACGCGCGGGGAAGGCUGCAUCCCGCAGGGCGACUCCGGGCGGGGCAGGUUGCGGAGGUGGCUCCGCGGAGGCUGCGGGCCGGAGUCGUGGUGCACACGACCCACGCGCCUCCCCCUCCCCCGGAAGAGCGGGCGAGGGAAGGCGCGGGCCAUCUGUGGGGACUCCCCGGGGCUGUGGGAGCGGUGCGGGGGCCGCAGAGCGGGAGAGGGUGCUGUAGAGAGACCAUUGGCCCUACCUUAAAGACAGGGGUGGCCUCGUGGCCGGGGUUGAGGAGUCUGAAGUUUCCCCAAAGUAGCGAGCGCUACUCCGGCGUGGGAUGGAAAGAACACAAACUUGGCCGUCCGCCAGAGCCCUUGGGGACGCCUGACUUCGGUGCCGCCCUCCGAGUGGCCCGAAGUGUCCCCCUCCGCUCCGUAGUCCACGAGGUUCAGGUCCGAGGCCUAGAAAAGUGGGAGGGUGUGGUCAGGCCUCGGACGGGAAACCCACCCAAGUUCCUCUCCGACGCCACGCGAGAAAGGCGCGGAACAGUCGUCUCGCAAAGUUUCCCGCCCCCCUCCCAUCGGGGAAGGGCAGCUCUUCCGGCGGUGGGGGCGGGGGAAUGGCCUCGGCCCGGGGAGCGGUGCUAGUUCGUUUUCCCGCGACCAGGUAGCAGGAGAGAGGCGCGGGCCGCCAGCUUGUUCGCGUCCCCAGAGUGGCGACGCUUGCCGCUGCGACGUCUGCUCGGAGUCUCGGCAGCGGGAGCUGUGCAGAGUCUGGGACGACGCGAGACGCCAUUUGCAUCCCCCCCUCCCUCCUGAAGGUUGGCGGGGGCUGGGGUGUCGCCCGCCGCGGAAGCGUAUUCCUGGCAGUGACACUGAUUAGAUGCUGUGUCGGGACUAAGCCAGUGCCUUGCCCUUAGCAAGCUCUCCAUAAACGCCUGUCAAAAAGAGGACGAGUGCCAGUCUUCUCCAAUCAAGAUCCCUUAAAGAGAGGUAACUUUCAAAUCCUCUCUUGCCCCGAAAGCGGCUUAGAGACCCCUCGAACGGCGGGGACUGUGCUGCAGGCCUCGCCCCCCGGGAUGACAGCAGCCCAAGUUGCGAGAUGCGCGGCCGGGCCGCUGGGCGCGGGAGAGGUGAUAACGCGUGGACCAUUCAGGAGUCCGGCAACCGGAGGUCGUUUCUCCGGAUUAAAAUCCGCUCUGGCGUGGCGGCCAGAGGCGACUACAGGCCGCGCUUUAACCAGGAGCGGCCGCCCCGGGCCAGGGGUCAGCCUUGACCCGCUGCGCGGAGGGGCCUCCGGAGGGAGCGGGCGCGGCUCCCCGGGAACGCCCGCGCGGCCGCCUCGGUCCGGCCUGCGGCUCUGCGGUCCCACCGCCGGGGGCAGCGCCGCCCGCGCCGCCCGGGCUAAGAUGGCGGCCGGCGUGCAGCCCGCGCCCGGGGGAGAGGCGGGCGCAGUCCCCCAGGAGCCGGCGCGCCUGGCCCGGGCCCCCAGCGGGGAGGUCGCUCCUGCUUGGCCUGCCUACGGGGACCCCUGAGGACCCAGUCCUGCCCCUUCCCCAGACAAGCUUCCUGCCCUGCGUCCUACCUGGAUGGUUCCUAAAGGGAUGUUUUAUCACCCAGCUCCCCUAGAUUCCUGAUAGGGGGAGGUAGGGACAGGCCCUGGCUGAGAUGAGGACUGCGAGGAGGAUGGCUGUCAGACUAGACACAGUGGACAGAGGACCAGUGGGUACCACUGGGUGCGGGCCUCACCCCCAAGCCAUUUCCUCCCAUCCCGGCAGCUCGGCCGCUAAGGCGUGGGACACAAUACGCACAAUUACACAAUACCCAUGACCGCAGGUCGAGAAUCCUGCCCGAUUAAGAUACAGGGCCCAGAGCUCUUGAAAUCAGGAAUGUCUUGGAAAACGGGGUACAUCCGGUUGGGAAAUCCAGAAUAUAAUCCAGUAAAGGCUACGGAAUGCGAGCCGCCCGUCACAUUUGCACUGACAUUUGCACAUACGGUAUGCGCGCUGCACUGUGUAGGCUGCCUUCUUCCUAGGACACUCCAGAGCCUGAGGUCCAGUUUACCAGAAAUGGCAUUGCUGAAUACUGCCCAUUCUGAGUGAUCUCACCUUGGGCUCAGGUGGGGAGGUCAGAAGGGCCACCCGAGGGAGUAGCUGAAGCAGGUUGAAUCACAAUGGUAGGAACGGAGAAGUACCCGGAAAGGCUUCCCAUUGCCCUUUGUAAACUGCAGGCUGACACCUCCCACUGGUUCCAGAUUCCAUCCAAAGUUUGCAAGUUGCUUAUCAGCUCAGCAUGAGAGGCUGAAUGUGAACUUUUUUGUUUUGUUUUGGUGAAAUAAAGUCGUUCUGCAUAAUG